CCACACUUGGGCACAUUAACUGUGGCCGGCCGGUCCCCUCACAAAGAUGUCGCGCAGCGGCUCGGGGCGGGUCAGAGGGGCGGAUGUGACGACGUUGGUUUUCCGCCGGGCGGUUUCUGAGUUGGGAAGGUGUCUGGUUCCUGGUCGUCCGUCCGGGACCACUAGGAGCUGAUACUUGAAGAUGAUGCCCCGGACCAUACUCCUCUUACUCUUGUUCACUCCCGUAUUAACAGCCAUGGAGCCCAUUAGUAUGGGCAUUGCAGUCGGCGUGGCCACCGCUCUGACCGGCCUCUUCACUGGCAAUUUCCACAACCUCUACUGCAUGUUCCAGGAAUGUUGUGAGGCCCAGUGGAUAGAAUUCAACUCAACAGGGUUGCAGAUGGACUUGGAUAAUAAAAUGUUUGGACAACAUAUUGCCAAGCAAGUUAUUCUGAAGACUGUCAGUGGUUUCUUAUCAAAUCCAAACCCUAAAAAGCCUCUAACUUUGUCUCUACAUGGCUGGACUGGGACAGGCAAAAACUUGAUUAGUAAAAUAAUAGCCGAAAACAUUUUCAAAAGUGGACUGAAGAGUGACUUUGUUCAUCAGUUUGUCUCCACCUUGCACUUCCCUCAUCCUGAGUACCUCAGCAGCUAUAAGGAGCAGCUACAGAAAUGGAUCCAUGGUAAUGUUAGCUUGUGUGGCAGGUCCAUGUUCAUUUUUGAUGAAAUGGACAAAAUGCAAGCAGGCCUUAUUGAUGCUAUUAAGCCUUAUUUGGACUACUACGAAAACAUUGAUGGAGUGGUGUACCGGAACGCCAUUUUCAUUUUUCUGAGCAAUGCAGGUGGAGAAAGCAUAAAUAAGGUUGCACUGGAAUUUUGGCGCAAAGGAAGGGAAAGGGAGGACAUUCAAGUGAAGGAUAUUGAGAGUAAAUUGUCUAUUGGAGUCUUCAAUAACAAAAAGAGUGGUUUCUGGCACACCAGUCUCAUUGAUAAAAACUUGAUUGACUACUUUAUCCCCUUCCUUCCUCUGGAAUAUAAACAUGUCAAGAUGUGUGUCAAGGAAGAACUGAGGUCCAGAGGUUCCAAGGAGGAUGAAGAGAUCAUAACCAGUGUAGCUGAUGAAAUGACGUACUUUCCAGAAGAUGAAAUGCUCUAUUCACACAAAGGCUGCAAAACUGUGGCUUCUAAGGUGGACUUUUACUUGUAAAACGUGUGUGUGUGUUUUUUUUAAUUGAAUCUAUUUAGCUUUUUUGACACGACACUUUUUAAAGAAAAAUUGAAAAGGGCAUUGUUUGCUGCACUCGAUGAAUUUGAAGAUCUGUGUGCCUGGGAAUAUGUAUCUUUCGAUGUUUCAUCUUUUGUUCAUGUGGUAAUUUUAAGCUGCUGUUUACUAAUCAAAAAUAUAAAACAUUUGUUUACAUCUGAAUAAUAGUGAAGUAAUUGUUAAAAUAAUGGGAAAGCAUUGGUGAUUAGGGCACUGUAGAAAUUUUUUGAAAAAAUAUUUUUUUUGUUGAUAUUUAAAAUCUUGAGCAAAUACCCUUAAUGUAAAUACCUUGCUAUGAAAUUAAUGUUUGAGUUUAAUUCCCAUCUUUUCACUUGAAGGAUUGCUCAACAGGUUAUAUAUUUUUUAAUACACAAAGUGCUGAGUUUCUGCUCAAUAGCAAACAUUGUUAACUACAUGGAAAACUUGAGCCAAAUGGACCUUUUGAUUACUGAAUGGCAUUUUUUUCAGGUUUGCGUUCACAUUGAGUUAUGCUUUUGUGUCAACAUUUUUACAGGUUAAAUCAUAGAAAUCGUAUAAAUUUCCGUCUUGUUAAACUAAGGCAAGUUAGUGAUGCACAAAAUCAGCAAAUCAUGUGCCUGUUUUAGCAAUUACUUUCACAAGACAAAAUACAGAUAUCUGAAUGAUCUUGUUACCAUAUUGUCAUGUCUUGUUGUGUGACUAGCUCAUUAUAAAGAGAGAUGUUACCUAGUAAAACUGGAGAAGUGUAAUUUUUAAAACAAAUGUUUCCACUUUAAGCAAGUGUUGUUUUAAAGAAAUUAAAUUUCAACAUGUCUGUCUCUCUCCACUCCCCCCCCCCACUGUUUUUAAUUGAACAUUUUUGUAAAUUACAAUUCUAAGGAAAUUGUAUCAAAAAUGACCGUGUAGUUAUGACACUUUAUAAAUUUUAAUUCAACAGAUUGGGCUUCAUUCCAUCAACCCAUGGGAAGUUGUAUUUGUAUUUCAUUAAUGUUUUCCUUUGUCAUAGUUUAUCACACCGUUGAGUCAAAAGGCUGUGGGUUCAAAUUUCAAAUCGAGAAGAAAGGAUCUAAGAUCAGAGUUUUAUAAUAAAUUUAAACUUAGGAGUCAAAUUUGAGGUACUUUAGUACAAGAAUGCAAUAAACUCUGGAAUUAAAUUUUUAAAAAUAUGGUUCAAACACAAAAUUGCUGAAUGUAUUUCUAUUAUUUGCAAUAACCUAUUAAAAUCAGGCAUGUUAAUUAUCAGGGAAAACCUUUGAAACAAAACAGCCUUUUUAUACAUAAAACAUUUUAUAGCUUUCUAAUAUAUUUGAUAACUAAAUAUUUUUGUGGCAAAUCCAAAUAAAAUGACACAGCCUGAACGUAAAAACAGAUGCAUGUUCAGCUCUGAAAAGACCCCAUCUUAAACUUUGCAAGCUGCUAUGCAAGUUAAGAUGUAUCUCAGAAUUUAUCUCUAAUUAAUUUCAUGUUCAUGUUCAAAUGCAAGAAAAUUGAGGGAAAUGUUGCACCCAGACCAUUGUCAGGGAUCAUGUUUCUGCUUCAUCCGAAGUACUCAAAUUGCCUUCAUAAAUGCAUGAACUUUUGCACUUCAUGUAGUCUUGCAUCUCUUUCACUGUUGUAAUAGUACCCUAGAGGUCUCUCUGCCAUUUGAGCUCUCCUUGAAAUGCACAAGUGCAUUUGGACUACAUCCUCACAUAAUGUUUAUUUUGCUGUAGUCUCCUGCCCAUUGUAUAAAAUUUGUCCUGAAGGAUUAGUGAAUGUAAACAGACCACAUUUCAAAGACUUGAUAGUUUCCAUCAAUGGUUUGCCAUUAUGGUAUGAUUUUUUUUGUUAUUUGGCAGAUCAUUUGAAGAUUUAUUCAUUACUUGAGUGUCAGAUGAGAUUUUCUUUCCUCAAUAAAAACUUUGAAUAUGUCAAUGUCCACUGUGUGGUAAAGAGUUGUUUACCAUCCUGUCACUAAUACUUGUGCUAAAUUGCUUUAUCAGGAUCAAUAUUUUGCUUCAAUGCAAAAAAAACUAGAUUAUGAACAUUUCACUAAUUGCUAGACAUUUGUACCAACUUGUUAAAGCAGUAUCCCUUCCCCACCCACACAAAAUAAAAGACUUAAAUGAAUGCUUAUGUCCUGUACCCUGUCAAAUUAUAUUUCAAAACUGAUCAAGCAUUUAAUCAAAUUUGUGAUCCUUGAAUAUUUAACAUUUUAAACCACAUUACGACUGUUAAGUGUUGCAAUUAAAUGAACACAGUUGUUCAACAAUUCACUGUUGAUGUGUCAUUCGGUUUUGCACUUGACAUCAAUAAUCUCACUUUGAGAAUCUCAAUGCACAAAUUGAAUGUAGUCAUAUUACAAGUUACCAGUUUUCUUUCUUGCACAUAUUUCUUUGCAUUGUCUGUCUAGUACAGGCAUGGGCAAACUAUGGCCCGUUAAGCUUUUUAAUCCGGCCCGCAGAACUUGAUGAAAUUAUAUUAAUAAACCUUGUUAACGUUUUUUCCCCGCAAUUCUGGCGUUUUCCCAAUAGAUUUCGCACUCUAUAUACAUUGACCUUUGUUGAGGUGCAGCGUAUUACUCCACAUUUGCGCUUUACUUUGUGACCUUGUGGCGACCCAUUUCCUGGCACAUCCGAACCAGCUCACAAUUAGCCAGCGUUCCGGCUAAGGGAGAUAGCCUGCGGGGAUUUGCGAGCACAGAGCUCCGCAUACUGGCACACUCUCACUGUUCUGUCAUUGUGCGGGUCGUUGUUGAGUUUUGGCACAGGGGACAAUUGAAGAAGAAGGAGCAGGACAAGUAGACCUGCAUCUCCUACCAUUUUUGAAAUAAAGACAGUCAGGAGGAGAGUGAUGAUGAUAAUAUCUUGAAGGAUAACAGUAUUUU